AAGGUAACGCAAACAUUAACAAUGAGCUGACUUGUAGCUAGCUAGCGUAUAAACUUUGAGCGGCAGUUUACGUUUUCCUAUCAAGUAAAGGAGCUAACUGAACAGCUGCUACGGUCGGAAAUUGUAGAGAGAUUUUCUGUCGACGAAAACGACCGAGAAGGAGUUCGGUUUAAGGCAUCAUGGCGAGUCAGCGGCCUCCCUCCAGCAUUGGCCGCCCGAUGAGCCGCAGUGGAUCUGCAGCCCCUGGUGCUGGAAGACCACCAACAGCCGUCCGACCUCCUCCUACAGCUAUCCGUGUCACCACUGGGAUGGUUCCAGGUACGAGUGGUCAUCCUGGCAUGAGGGGCGGCAUCCCCAUCGCCACCCCCGGAGUCCUGUCAGCACAGAUCAAAGUGACUGACAGGCCUGUGACCCAACAGGGGCUCAGUGGUAUGAAGACUGGCAUGAAAGGACCUCAGAGACAGAUUUUGGAUAAGUCCUACUACCUGGGCCUUCUUAGGAGCAAAAUCAACGAGUUAACCACAGAGACGAGCAAACUGCACAAAGAGAUCGACAACUACCGUCAGGAGAAUUCUGUUUAUCUUUCCUAUGAGAAGAGAGCUGAAGGCCUGGCUGGAGAGAUUAAGGAUCUACAAGGGCAGCUCGCUGACUACAACAUGAUUGAGUGUUUCAAGCUCAACUUCCGCGAGAAUGCUCGCUCUCGCACGGACCACGGCGCCGACAUCAUCACCUGGCCAGCCCCCCAAGACGACAACAGACCCCACCCGCACGGUUCCUCCCACUCUCUACACCAAAACCUCCGCCAGCAACACCCGACUCCUCGCAGCGUCUCCCUCAUCGAACCGUUGGCUUCUGCAGGCUGCGUCGGCUCCCCCUCUGCCCCCUCCUCGCUGCAUCUUCAGGGGGAGGUCCAGGGGGAGGACAGCAGCUCUUUAAAAGGAUCUUUACCUUUUUUGUCCCCAUUAAACCCCGCAGAGCCCCUUUUAUCUUAA